AAACGCAAGGAGGGGGAGUCAGCGCGAGACAGACUGUUGCCUGAGCGCGCGAGAGAGAGAAGAUGGCGGCGGCGGGGGAAGCAGCAUGAGCGGCCUGGACUCAUUGAAACGCUUCGCCAUGGCUUCCCCGAGCGCACAGUACAUAUUUGGGGAGUUCAGUGAAGAUGAAUUUAAACAGUUCUUUGUGACAGCUCGAUGCAUGGUUGAGCUACCUCCUUUCAAUGAAAAUGUUUAUUGUGGCCCUCAGACUUCAAAUGAUAUCGAUGAUGACGAAGAAUAUCAGCGGAUUGAGUUUGGUGCAAAUGAGAACCUUGACACAGAUGCAUCUCUGCUGAAUAACACAGAUUACAGUAUUUCAAGCACCCUGAAUCCUCAGGCUCCAGAGUUUAUACUUGGCUGUACUCCUCCUACCCAGAAAACUCAAGAGGAUAUCCUAAAUGAAAACUUUGAUGCCGCUGACUGCCAGUUUACAGAGUCUACACAUGCUGAUGGCAAUGGCAACGCAGAUAGUGAUGGCACAUCUGGCACUGGGCAGCGUGAGCGCAAAAAAAAGAAAAAACGACCCCCUGGAUACUACAAUUACUUAGAAGGUGUUGCCGAUGGCAGUACCACAGCAGAGACUCUUUUAAAUGGACAUGCAAACUCAGCUGGACUUAAUAGUAUAAGCCCAGAUGACCCUGAUCUUACAGAAGAUAUACCAGUGUGUUCAGCCUCUCCUAGGACUUGUGUUAGCCCAGAUAAUUUUGUGGACUUCAAUAAUGAAGCACUUUCAGAUAAUGCUUCUUUGUCUGAUGCACUAGACGAUAACAGGACUGCUGGUCAGCCUGAGGAAUGCAGUGUUACUAGUUCUGAACAAUCUUGCAUCCCCUCAGACAGUGGGAGAGAGAGCCCUGUAAGGACAGCUAUUGUCCAGCCUUUUGCUGUUACUGAUACUACUGAAACCCUUGGAGUUACCAAUGGGCAAACACUUGAAGCCUCAGAUGAAGACACUGCCUCUAAUGGAGUGGAAUUGCAUAUUGAGGAUAAUGAUUCGGAGCAAGCCAAACCAGAGGAUAUUUCAGUGGCUCAGGCUGUGCCCCCAGCUUCUGUCAAUCCCCCAGCUAAGUCUUGGGCUAGUCUUUUUCACAAUUCCAAGCCCUCCCCAACUACACAGGUGGCCUAUGUUGAGACUAAGCACCCCCCUCCUGCUGCUUCUCCCAAUAUCCCUGAAAAACAGACUGAAGUUAAAGAGGGACCUGUUCCAGUAUCAGAGGAUCCAGUAGCUAUAAACAUUGCAGAGCUCCUGGAGAACGUAAAGCUUGUCCAUAAGCCAGUAUCAUUACAGCCACGAGGACUAAUCAACAAAGGAAACUGGUGCUAUAUCAAUGCUACUCUGCAGGCUCUUGUGGCUUGUCCACCAAUGUAUCAUCUUUUGAAGUCCAUUCCAAUGUACACUAAAGUCCAAAGGCCAUGUACAUCAACUCCAAUUCUUGAUAGCUUUGUGAGACUUAUGAACGAGUUCACAAACAUGCCGGUACUUACUAAAGCAAAACAAGGGUCGUCAGGAAGAUGCAGAAGAGUAUCUUGGAUUUGUGUUGAAUGGACUGCAUGAAGAAUUGCUCUUAUUGAAGAAACUUCUUUAUCCACCGAAUGACAAAAUUACAGUUUCUAAUGGUCCUGACACUCAGCCUGGGAAUGAAGAAGAUGGACAGAAUCAACAAGAUGAACAAGGGGAAGGUAGUGAUGAGGAGUGGGAGCAAGUCGGACCCCGCAACAAGUCGUUGGUCACAAGGCAAACUGACUUUGUCCAGACUCUGAUUACUGACAUUUUUGGAGGACAUAUGAGGUCUGUAGUCUAUCAACAAAGUUCAAAGGAAUCAGCCACUUUGCAACCCUUUUUCACUCUGCAACUAGAUAUUCAGUCUGAAAAGAUCCGCACCGUCCAAGAAGCACUGGAGAGUCUGGUGGCUCGAGAGUCUGUCCAGGGCUACACCACCAAAACCAAACAAGAGGUUGAGAUCAGUCGGAGAGUGACUUUGGAAGAACUUCCCCCUGUGCUUGUGUUGCACCUUAAACGUUUUGUAUUUGAGAAGACAGGCGGAUGCCAGAAACUCAUCAAAAAUAUAGAAUAUCCUGUGGACCUGGAAAUUAGUAAAGAUCUGUUUUCUUCAGGAGUGAAAAGUAAGAUUUUUAAAGGCCAAAGAACCUACCGGCUCUUUGCAGUUGUCUACCACCAUGGAAACAGUGCCACUGGCGGCCAUUACACUACAGAUGUCUUCCAGAUCGGUCUUAAUGGCUGGUUACGCAUAGACGACCAAACUGUCAAAGUGAUUAACCAGUAUCAGGUGGUGAAACAGACGGUGGAGCGGACGGCCUACCUCCUGUAUUACCGACGUGUCGAUCUGCUGUGAAGCUCUCCGUGUGUGUGUGUGUGUGCGAGCAAGAUUCCCGCUUCAUAGAUCACAACUCACUUUUUUCACUUCCCUUUUUUAUCCUGUGCUGAGUGAACCCCUUAUGUCUUGAUACCUCUUACAGCUCCUCUUUAUGCCCUAGAGUGUUUAGAGUAGAUUAAUCAGGGGAAGCUUAAAACACUCUUUGCUUUAACCCACUGAACAUCAGGGGAAUGCUGGAAUGUGUAUUAUUUCCAACUCCCUGUUGCACGCAGGUUAUAGCAUAUAAUUUGACCUGCAAAAGUGAAAUAAUUUAACAAUCAAGUUUAAUCAUUCUGGAUUAAAUAAACAUUAAAUAAAAGAAAUAACCUCCCUGAUGGUUAUAUCGGAUGUUUUCAUGAUUCUUCUUUUAGUUAACUGCUUCAGGCUUUCUUGAAUAACCACAGAAGCGAGACAAAGUAAGCAAUGAUGAAUCUAACAAUACAGACUUUUUUCUUUAUAUAUUUUUUUAAAUAUAUAUUUUUAGUGUCUAGGCUAAAAGUGGAUGUCUCCAUAUUUAUGCCUAGCCAAAGAAACAUUGCACCAGCAUUGAUUAAUAUACGUUCUUGAAAAGAAAAAGUUUUAAUUAAUCCAAGGUUCACAUUAUUCCUACCAGCUAUUCCUGCUCCUUGUGAUCCUUGCCACUAUCUGCUUUUCAAAUCAUUGAUUAAAACAUAAUUUAAAAAAAAAUAAAAAAAAUGGCUGCAAUUUUCUGGAGUUUCUCACAAAUCAGUAAGAAACAAAAAUGCAGGCUUUUCCAAGGUUGCUGGUGCCUCAUAGGAAUAGAUAAAUAAUAAAAUUGUUCUAAUUGUGAGGUAUUAAACUGUUUUAACUCAUUUGCUGCUGGAAGCAACAGAUGCUAUUUUGCAAUUCUUUUAUGCAGCAAGUGGCUUUAAGGCAAAUUGCUGGCAAGGAAAUAUGAGUUGAAAGUACAGUAUAGAUGGGUGAUUUUAACUUUACUGCUAUUAAAAUUUUCAAACUUAAAUUAUGGUUCUGUGUACACAAGAUUAAGAUUACAAAAUACAGUGGGCUAUACAAUGAACCAGUAAUCUUUUAAAUCUGCUUUGUUUGAUUUUGCUGUCUCUCCUAUAAUGUUGACUUCCUAAUUGUACACAGUUUAGUGAUAUUUAGGAGUAUAAAGUUGUCGCCCAUCAAUAAAAGUCACAAAGUUGGUUUAAAAAAAAAA